UGCGCGCUGGGGUCCUGCGCAGAGACUAGAACUCGCGCAGGCGGAGUAGGGGGAGGGUCGGCCGAACUCCCCGAGAGCCUGGGAGCUGGAGGGAGAGCUGGUUGGUGACGCGGGGCGUUCACGUGAUCGGGAGCUGCAGAGCAACGCAGCCUUCGGUGCAGUCGUCACUCCUGUCUGGGUACCAGCUCCCCGCUGCCCUGCGCCCAGCGGGCUGGCAUCGGGCCCGGGGAAAGCGGAGCAGCUUCCUGCUCGUUUCAGAAGGGACACGCCACGGUGGCGUUCUCAGAGAAAAUAAAAUGACAGGCGAGUAUUGGGAUCUGUGUCGUGGGUGCUGGUCCAAGCGUUCAGUGCCUUUACUCUUGGUGUGGCACAGCUUGUGGCGAGGCGAGGGAAGGAGAGGAGAAAACUGCACAGCAUCUGUGGAGGUCUUCUCAUACACCUACAGUAGGGCUGUUUACCACUGGAAGCAAGGGAAAAGGGGAGAUUAGGCUGAAACCGUGGAGGUUGUUGUGAAGAUAUGCCUGCAGGUCUGUUGCAGGGCUUGAGAUGUCUGGAAGCAAAGAUACAAGGAGGAAAUUGCCCCUGGUCAAUAUAGACUGGUCCACAGAUCUCAUGAGUUUAUAGAUCUAUCAGCAACCAAGAAAAAGAAAGAGGAGGGAACUGCCUUGGAUCAAUACAGGUCCACUUCCAGUGGCAGCUGUAGUGGCCUUUGAGUGGCUGAAGACCAACACCCUCACAGGCUUACAUCCAGACCUAAUACCCUCUUUCCCCAGCCCAGCUGAGCCCCCCCGUACCUUGUUCGUGCCUUCAGCUGAGGUGGUUACAUGGGUCGUGUUCAGGAAGUGGGCUGGGUGACUGCAGGACUCAUGAUCUGGGUUGGUACCUGCUACUGCAUUUACAGAUUAACAAAAGGAAGAGCCCAGAGUGUGAGGAGACUUGCCAGCAAUGGGUCUAGAGUCAAGAUGGAGGCUGUGGCUGAGGUACAGAACCAGGCCUUGGCCAUGAGUGAAGCCAUGGCUGAGACAGAGAUUGCGACUAGACCCCAGGCCAAAACUGGAGCAGAAACUGGAAUAGGAGGUGGGGCUGGGGCUGAAGUAGAGACUAAGGCCACUGCUAGAGCCAAACCCCAAACCAACUCUCAGGCCAAAGCAAUGGCUGGGGCAGAGGCAGAGGCCAAAUCUGAGGUCAAAACAGUGGUCAGGUCAGAGACAGGGACUCUGCUUGAGGCCAAAGUCAAAGCCAAGGAGGUGGCCAUGAAAGAGGCAGUGACCCAAACUGCAGUGACCCAAACUGACUCUGAGACUGGGAGAGCAGUCAAGAAAGAGGCAGUGACCCAGACCAAGGCUAAAGCUUGGGGACUGGUUGCCGGGGCAGGGACAAAGAAAGAAGCAAUGACUCAGACAAAAGUAGAAGCUUGUAUAUUGGCUGAAAAAGAGAAAGAGAUGAACAGAGUACUGGUGAUACAGAAUGAGGCCUUGGCAAGUACCAGGGAAGUAGCCAAGAUGAGUGCCAUAAACAAGACUGGAAUUAUGGCUGAGACCAAAGCAAGAACCCUGGAAGAGACUGUGAGUGUGGCCACAACUCAGCCUGAGGCCAGGCCUGAUACCACAGUUGAUGCUAAGGGAAAUCUUAAAACCAUGUCCAGGGCAGAAGCUGGAGUGAGUAUGAGGUCCUCUGUACCGUCUCAGGCUGGGGCCAAGAUCCAGGUUGACAACAUGCCUGGUGCUGGGGUUGAAACCAAGGGAAAUGACAAAACCGUGUCUAGGGCUGGGUCUGGGGCAGACAUGAGGGCUUCUGCCCAGCCUCAGAUUGUAACCAAGGCCCAAGCUGAGAUCAUGACUGGGGCAAGGGUUGAUGCUGGGGGUAAAACCAACACCAUGUGUAAGGCGGGGAUGGGGGCAGAUAUGAGAGCUUCUACACAACCUCAGACUGUGGCCAAGAAACAGCCUGAGGCAAUGUCUGGUGCCAAGGUUGAUGACGGGGGAAAUACUAAUGUCAUGACAUCUAGUGCAAUGACUCGAGCUGAGGUCAAGUCUGUUGCUCAGCCUGAGACUAUGCCUGAUGCCUGGGUUAAGAGUAGAGGCAAUUCCAAUGCUGUGUCUAAAACAGGGGAAAAGGCAAACUUGAGGGUCAGUUCCCAGGUUGAGGCUUUGCCUGAUUCCAGGAUUAAGACCAGAGACAAUCCCAAUGCCAUGUCUAAGGAAGGGGCUGGGACAGAUAGUAAGGCACAGUCUCAGGCUUCUGCCAAGGGCCAGGUUGAGGCCUUACCUAGUACUAGAGGUAGGGCUAGGGGCAAAGCCAGAGGCAAAUGUAGGACAGGGGUUGGGACAGACAUGAAAACCUGUGCACAGCCUCAGGUUGGGGCCAAGGCACAAGCUGAUGCUUUGCCUGAUUUCAGGGUUGAUGCCAGGGAAGAUCCUAAUGCUAUAUCUAGGGCAGGAAUUAAGGCAGAGCUGAGGGCCUAUGGUCAGCCUCAGGCUAUGGCCAGCACCCAGGAUGAAGCCUUAUCUGGUGCCCAUAAAAAGGUCCAAGGCAAUCCCUAUGCUGUGUCUAAGGCAGGGGCCUGGCCAGAUGCAACAGGCUCUGCUCAGCCCCAGGCUGUGGCCCGUUCUCAGAGUGAGACCUUGCCUGGUACUAAGAAUAAGGUCAAGGGCAAUCCCAAUGUAUGUAAGUCAGUGGUUGGGCCAGAUGCAAUGGGCUCUGCCCAACCUUGGGCUAUGGCCAGUUCUCAGGGUGAUGCCUUGCCUGGUGCCAAGAAUAAGAUCAGGGGCAAUCCCAAUGCUGUGUCUAAGGCAGGUGCUGGGCCAGAUGAAAUGUGCUCUGCUCAGCCCCAGGCUAUUACCAGUUCUCAGGGUGAGGCUUUGCCUAGUACCAAAAAUAAGGUCAGGGACAAUCCUAAUGCUAUGUCUAAGGCAGAGGCCAGGGCAGAUGCAACAGGCUCUACCCAGCCCCAGGCUGUGUCUAAUUCACAAGGCGAAGGCUUGUCUGGUGCCAGGAAUAAGGUCAAGGGCAAUCCCAAUGCUGUGUCUAAGGCAAGGGCUGGGCCAGAUUCAAUGGGCUCUACCCAGCUCCAGGCUAUAGCCAAAUCUCAGGGUGAGGCCUUGCCUGGUACCAAAAAUAAGGUCAGGGACAAUCCUAUUGCUGUGUCUAAGGCAGAGGCCAGGGCAGAUGCAACAGGCUUUGCUCAGCCCAAAGCUCUGGACAAUUCUCAGGGUGAGGCCUUGCCUGUUGCCAAGUGUAUGAUCAAGGACAAUCCCAAUGCUGUGUCCAAGUCAGAGACUGGAGCAGAUUCAACAAGCUCUGUUCAGCCCCAGGGUAUGGACAAUUCCCAGGGUGUGGCCCUGCUUGGUGCCAGGAGUAAGAUCAGGGGCAAUCCCAAUGCUGAGUCUAAGGUAGAGGCUAGUACAGAUACAAUGGACUGUGGCGAGCCUCAGUCAAUGGCCCAUUCCCAGAGUAAGACCUUGCCUGGUGCAAAGGAAAAAGCUGUGCCCAAGUCUGAGGCAGAAGCCACAGAGGAAGGUGCUAUCUAUGCAAAUCCCAAGGCUAAGGCCAUGCCCACUUCUGAGAGUGAGGGUGGGGCAGGCACUCAGGCCUGCAGAAAGACUCAGCCUAAGGUCCAUGACUAUUACUGGAGUGGAAUUGGUAUUGAAGAUUGGAUUGCUUCCGAGCGAUGGAUCAAAUUUAGGUUUCAGGCUAGGGAUGGAUACUGGGAGAAUAGCAUGGCCUGGGCUGAUGAUGAGAUUGAAGCCAGUAUUGAGUCUUGGAGUGGGGCUAGUGAUAAGUCUGGUAUUAGGUCCUGGGCUGGGGCAUGUGAUGAGGCUGACAUUAAGUCCUGGCCUGGGGCUAUGGUUGAGAAUGAGGUUGGUAUUAGAUCCCGGGCUAGAGUUGGAGACCAGGCCAGUGGGGGGCUCUGGGAUGGGAGUCGUGUCAGCGAAGGGUCCUGGGUGGGGAAUAAGGCUAUUGGAGGAUCCUGGACUGGAGCUGAGAACAAGGUCAGUGGGGGGUCUUGGGCUGGCACUGGGAACCAAGCUAUUGGGGAACCCUGGACUGGAGGUCAGGCUGGUGAGGUUUCCUGGUCUGGGGGCCAGGCCACUGGGGUGUCCUGGGCUGGGGAAGAGGCCUUUGGAGGGCCCUGGGCUGGGGCUGAAGAACAGGCCAGUGGGAGGUCCCAGGAUGGGGCUGGGAAUGAGGCUAGUAUUGGGUACUGGGCUGGGACUAUGGACCAGGCUAGUGGAGAGUCCUGGUUUGGAACUGGUGAUCCACCUGGUGAUGGAUCCAAGCCUAGAUUUGAUAAUCAGGCCAGUGAAAAUACAUCCUGGGAUGGUGCUGGUGGCCAGCACAGUGGAGGAUCUAGGCUGGGGUCUGAGGACCAGUCCAAUGGUAGGUCCUGGGCUAGGACUGGAAACCAGGCCAGUAGAGGAUUCUUGGUUGGGGUUGUGGACCAGGCUAGUGAUGGGUCCUGGGUUGGGAUUGGUGAUCAUUCUGGUGGUGGGUCCAAGCCUAGAUCUGAGGAUCAGGUCAGUGAAGAAGGGUCUUUGGCUGGGACUGGUGUUCAGGCUGGUGGAGGGUCCAGGUUGGGGCCUGAGGACCAGUAUAGUGGAAAAUCCUGGCCUGAAUCUGGGGAUAAAGUCAGUGAAGGGUUCUUGGUUGGAGUUGUGGACCAGGCCAAAAGAGGGUCCUGGAACAGACCUGGGGAUCAGGCUGGUGGUGAGGCAAACACUAGAUUUGAGGAUCAGGACAGUGGAAGAGGGUCCUGGCCUGACAAUGGAGGCCAGGCUGGUGGAGGUUCUAGACUAGGAUCCAAGGACCAGUCCAUUAGAGAUUCCUGGGCUAGCACUGGGGACCAAGCCAGUGGAAGGUCCACAUUGGGGCCUGAGGAUCAGUCCAAUGGAUGGUUCUGUGCUUGCAGUGGAAGUCAGGCCAAUGAAAGAGGGUCUUGGGGUGAAGCUGAAGGCCAGGUUGUUGGAGGGUCUAGGCCAGGGUCCACAGACCAGUCCAGUGGUGGAUCCUGGGCUGGCACUGGAUGCCAGGCCAGUGGAAAGUCCUGGGUAGGGGCUGGGGAUCAGGCAGGUAGCUGUUCCAAACCUGGAUUUAAGGAUCAGGCCAGUGGAAGAGGCUCUCGGGCUGGCACUGGGGGUCAAGCUGGUGGAAAAUCCUGGAUUGGGUCUAGGCUGGAGCCUGAGAACCAGGCAAGUGGAGGGUCUUGGGGUAUGGCUGGGGACCAGGCCAGUCGAAGGUCCAAGGUCAGUGCUGGGAUGGAGGCCAACAAAGGAUACUGGUUUAGGGCUGGGGGUGAGGCUAAUACAGGGUCCUUGUUCAGGAGAGGGGAAGAAGCUGGUAUUGUGUCCAGGCCUGGAUGUGAAAAUGAACCCAGUAUAGAAUUCAGAUCAGGGGCUGAGGAAGAGGGAAUCAUUAGUUCCAGAUUCGGGGCUGAGAACAAGGCCAGUAUUGGGUCCUGGAUCAGAUCUGAAGAAGAGGCCUUUGCGGAUUCCUGUGUGGGUGCUGAGGCUGGAGCUGAGGCCAGGAAAGAGUCUUGGCUUUGGGAUGGAGAUGCAACCACUACAUGGUCGAGGCUUGGGGCUGGGGAAGAGCCUGGCAUGGGGUCCUGGACUUCCACUGAGGGUAUACAUGAGGAUGAUCUAAGUAGAGCGUCUAGCCCUGAUAUUGAGGAAAUCAGUUUAAGGUCUUUGUUUUGGGCUGAGAGUGAGAACAGUAAUGAGUACAGAUCCAAGAGUGAGGAAAAUGUCAGUUUUGAGGAGGGUGGUGGAGCUAAGGCCAACACUGAUGAUAAGCUUGAGGCUGCUGGUGGAGUCAAUGUAAGGUCUUUGUUCUGGGAUGGUAAUGAAAACAGAAGUGAAGACAAAUCUGCACCUAAGACUAAAGCCAAAAAGUCACCUGAGACAAGAGGCACAUAUCCGUCCAUGGUUCCUGGGGCAGGAAUGGGGUCAUGGGCAGGAGCCAUGAUCUGGACAGAAAUGAAAUUUCCAUCCCAAAAUGAGUUCUGCUUACCACCUGAAGAUGAGCUCAGAGAGCAGAUCAGGUCUGAGGAGAAAACACAGCCCUGGACUUGCCUCUGUAAACACAAAGCUAAUAUGGAUCCACGAGAGCUUGAAAAACUCAUUUGCAUGAUUGAGAUGACUGAAGAUCCUUCUAUUCAUGAAAUAGCCAAUAAUGCUCUGUAUAACAGUCCUGAUUAUCCAUAUUCCCACGAAGUCAUUCGUAAUGCAGGCAGAAUCUCAAUUAUUGAAAGCUUGCUCAAUAAUCCCCAUCCCAGCGUUAGGCAGAAGGCUUUAAAUGCACUGAAUAACAUCUCGGUGGCUGCUGAAAAUCAUAGGAAGGUUAAAACAUACUUAAACCAAGUGUGUGAAGACACUGUCACCUAUCCCUUGAAUUCAAAUGUGCAGCUGGCUGGACUAAGAUUGAUAAAGCACCUGACUAUUAUUAGUGAAUAUCAGCAUAUGGUUACAAAUUACAUUUCAGAAUUUCUUCGUUUGUUAACUGUGGGAAGUGGAGAAACUAAAGACCAUAUUUUGGGAAUGCUUUUGAAUUUCUCUAAAAAUCCAUCUAUGACAAAAGACUUGCUCAUAGCCAAUGCACCAACAUCACUGAUUAAUAUCUUUAGCAAGAAAGAGACAAAAGAGAAUAUUCUUAAUGCUCUUUCACUGUUUGAAAAUAUAAAUUACCAUUUUAAAAGAAGAGCAAGAGUAUUUACCCAGGACAAGUUCAGUAAAAAUUCCCUUUAUUUUGUUUUCCAAAGACCUAAAGCAUGUGCCAAGAAACUUCGAGUCUUAGCAGCAGAAUACAAUGACCCUGAGGUGAAAGAAAAAGUUGAGCUGUUAUUAAGUAAACUCUGAUUAGCUGUAUGUUUCCAAAGAAAUCAGUAAUAUUUUGGUUUUGCAGCCUGGAGGUAAUGCACUUUGUAAAUUGCAUUAUAACUUUGAGAUUGAUGUUACUUAUGACAAUCUAUAGCUCGACCAUUUUAUGAACACCAAAUUAAUUCAAACUUGUACUGAAAAUACAUGUGUUGAUUUUUACCUUGUCUGGAUUGAGAUAAACUUAGUAUGCUUCAUGAGCAGAAACUAAACUGAUUCUUCUAAGUAAGGUAAUCUUUGGUCCUUUGUGUGGACUUAUGUUUAUACAUUUGAGGUUUUAUUUUUCUCAUCAAUAAAGUUGUGUGUUUUAAGAAGAAAAAAGACACGUCUUUGUCCUUGAGUUUAUGAUCUUUUUGAAACAGCAAGAUAUAUGGAAGCAAACAAACAAAACAUACUAACAAAACCAGAAGUCUCUGAUUAUAGCCAGACCCUUCCCAUCAGGGCAGGAACUUCUGCAGGUGACAAUGCUCAGGGCAAGUUUUACAGAGGAGGGACACUUAAGUAACCUGGGUUUGAAGAAGGGGAUAAAAACGGCACAAGGGCAUUGGAGGAAGGAAGAGUGGUGGGGAGAAAGGCAUGGAGGUGGGGAUCCUGCUCCAGAGAGGAGGCUGACCUGCUUGGAGUGCAGUGUGGGAAGGAGAGUGAUGGGAAAUGUAGUCCAGCAGUUGGGGUGAGUCCUGUUCGUGGAGGAUCCCGGAUUGCUAAACUGAGGUGUGUGCAUAUUACUCCAUUCACCCCUGGAAGACACCAAAACCUUUCAUAAGCACAGGAAUGACAGGAUGAAAGGAAAACCAUAUGGCUGAUGUGUGUGCAGGAUGGGUCUGAGUUGGGGAUGGAACAAGGGUGGCCACUGGAGAUUGGCACACCAGUUAGGAAGUGACUACCGUGGUCCAGGUGCAGGAUGAUAAAGGUGAGACAUUUCACUGCUGAUGGUGGGAAUGGUAAGGGUAGGAAGGAAAUGAGACCUUUUGAAUGAAGGAGUGUUGGAGUCCAUUCUGGGGGCAUAUAGAGAGGGACAGUUUUAUUUUAGAGUCCUGGGGGCACUUGAUAGGAAAACAUCCUCUUUCUUGGCCAACUCUGGUAUCUAUGUCAGUGACUACAUUAGUUACUACUUUGAAACAGGAAGAUAUCAUAGAAGAAAGAAUAAUUUUUAGUGUUUC